AUGAUGGUGGCUUUAGUGCCAUCGGCCUGUAAACGGUCUAUUCCGCUUCCCUUUAAGUACAACCAACGUAUUCGAGGUCGAAACAGAGAAAAUAAAAUCAACUAUUUAUUCGAUUCUGUAGAGAGACUCAGAGCAAGUCUGACACCAGUUUGCAUUGCUCUGGAUCGGCAUUGUAGUCUCGCUCCAAGCUGUAGUAGUCGCAGUCAAGGUAGUCCCAUGAUUUGUCGAACGAGAUAUUAUUGA